AUGAAUGCUUCAAAGUCCUUUCAGAAAAGGCAUGAAGGUUGCUCCCGUAGUCUUUCUUCUGGCAAAGAAUUGAGUGAAGUGUUUGUGAAACGCAGGAAGGUGAAUCAAGCAUUGGUGACAUUCAAGAACUUGAUUGACAAAUUAAUGUAUCAGUAUAAAGUGUACGAAUCUGAGAAUUCUAUGGCUAAGAAUAAGAAUAAAGCUCUGAUGGAAGCAGCAAUGACAAUGAGAAGAGAACAUCAAUGGGAGAACACUCAAAAGUGCGUGGGACAUAUACUAGGAAUCGAUGUGGGUGAUAUUUUUCAGCACCGGGUUGAACUCAAUGUCAUUGGCCUCCAUAGACAGUUUUGGAAUGGAAUUGAUUAUAAGAUAAUGGACAACAGUUUGUUGGCCACAAGCAUCGUGGUAACACAUCGCCAUGAUAAUGUUAGAAGAUCUAAUGGUACCUUGGUUUAUGAAGGUGAAGGAGGAAAUCCCGAUGUUGGAAGAAAUGUUCCACUUCGUGAUCAAAAACUGAAAGGAGGAAAUUUGGCACUGAAAAAUAGCAUGCAAGCUAGAAGUCCAGUGAGAGUUAUAUUGAAAGUUAGUGGAAAGUUUGAUGCUGCAUUCAGUUGCAAUAGGAGUAAUUCUGAUUUCUCAUACGUUUAUGAUGGUUUGUAUUUGGUGGAUACAAUGAACAUAGAAAGAGGGAAAUAUGGAAAGCUUGUGUUCAAGUUUGGACUGAAUAGAAUUUUAGGACAACCUGAAACUUGUGUUUCCCUUAAGGACCAUGGGGAAAAUUCAAGGCAACUUGCAAAUUUUAGUACUAGGAAGAAACUCGAGCCGAAAGUUUGUGUUGCUGAAAAGGAGGUUGUUCGAGUUAAAGAUCUUUCAAAUGGUAAGGAGAAGUUUACUAUUAGGGUGGUGGCUCCAAUUGAUUGUGUUGAGCUACCCACAUCCUUUGAUUAUGUUGUAAGUAACAUUUACUCAGAGAAGUUCGAGCAGAAAAUUGUGUCUGCUUCAGGAAGAAAAAGGGUAGCAAAAUGCCGAAUGGUUGUAAUAAAAGACUUGCUUCUGAGAUGGAAUCAUCGCUUAUAUAUGAGUGUGGCCCAUCUUGCAAGUGCUCCUCUUCUUGCAUCAACCGAGUAA